CGUCAGUCGAAUCGGUCCGUACGCUAAAGGUGCACAGAAUACCCAGUCGUGUAUAAAGCUUAGUGUACACUAGCCAAAAUGUUGCUACGUCUUUUCCACGUAUGUGUGGCGUCACUGUUUUGGUACACGAUUUGGUACGACCUGAGUUAUGUGAACAUACCGUUCCCGAAUAAGGCCUAUGAGGAGUAUCCAUUAAGGGGGAGAACUACGUUCUUGACGUUCUGGUGUUUGGUACUCCAAACUGUCUACUUCACCGUGUCAGUCCUGAAUGACUACGUCGGCACCAACGUGGACCACCCCAAGCAUACCUCCAUCCUCCGCUCAAUCAAGGACAAGCUUUUCAUCCUCGCCUUCCCCGUGGCCCUCUACGUCACCUCGGCCUUCUGGGGCAUCUACGCCGUCGACAAAGACCUCAUCUUCCCCGACAAAAUAGCCAACGCUAUCCCUUCAUGGGUCAACCAUACUAUGCACACAUUCAUUCUCCUUUUCAUCGUUUUAGAACUAGUUAUCACUUAUAGGAGAUACCCUUCCAGAGCGGUCGGCUACUCGAUCGUCAUUCUUUUCAAUCUGACAUACACCUUCUGGUUCCAUUGCAUUUAUUAUCAGACCGGGGUGUGGGUGUACCCUAUUUUUAAUGUGCUCAACUGGCCCGCUAGGGUUGGCUUCGUAAUCGCCAGCACCACUUUCGCGCUCGGAUUCUACUUAGUCGGAGAGAAGAUGAACAAACUUGUGUGGACGAAGGUUGAUAAGCGGAAGGUGAAGAGCAAAUAAGUGUUAAGAAUGUUAAGUAAUAUGUUAAAUUAUACAAAGACUGUCUUCCC